GGUAGCUGAUGUAGGAUGGUACUGAUUGAAAUUUUUGGUCGCAAUGGUUUGCCUGCUCUCAGCCAUGGAUUCUUCAACAGUGUGAUGCUUUGGAGGGCAGGACCUCAGGGACUUAUAGCUGCAAACAAAAACCAGAGUAUAACCACUGGCUUUUCUGCCAAGCCUAAAGGAAAAAUUGACAAUGCUGCAGAAUUUGUCAUAGCCACAAUUGAUGAUAUAGUGAACUGGGCUCGCAGGGGCUCCUUGUGGCCAAUGACAUUUGGUCUUGCCUGUUGUGCCGUGGAAAUGAUGCACUUUGCUGCACCCAGGUAUGACAUGGAUCGGUUUGGUGUUGUGUUCAGAGCAAGCCCUCGUCAAGCAGAUGUGAUGAUUGUUGCUGGAACUCUGACAAAUAAAAUGGCUCCUGCUCUGAGAAAGGUCUAUGACCAGAUGCCUGAACCUCGCUGGGUUAUCUCAAUGGGAAGCUGUGCAAAUGGCGGAGGUUACUAUCACUAUUCCUACUCGGUUGUCCGUGGCUGUGACAGGAUAGUUCCAGUAGAUAUUUACGUCCCAGGCUGUCCUCCCACCGCAGAGGCUCUGCUGUAUGGAGUGUUACAGCUGCAAAAGAAGAUUCGCCGCAGUGAGCCUAUCAGAAUGUGGUACCGCAAAUAAGGUUUUCGCUGCUUCCCGUUUUGAUCCUUUGCUGUGUGAUUGUUGGUUUAAAAUUCCUUUUUUUACUGUACAUAUAAUGUAAAAGCGCUUGUCGCUCGCAAUUUACAGGCUUUGUCAUUGAAAUUUCUGAUUUCACAAGUAUUGCAAUCAUUUCCUGCCCUAAUUUCCAUAUCACGGAUAUUGUACAAGAGGUAACGAGAUCGAAAUGACUGUCUAACUGAAAUAGGAAAGUCUAGAUGUUUCCCUUUGUUUGACAGGUAGAAUUGUUCAGAACUAGGAAUUCGAUGUAUGGUGUUUCAAUCCUCGGAGAAAAGUGAAAGUAAAUGAUAUUAAAGCUUA